CUCCUCUGUCACCCCGGGCCAAACCCGCCCCGCUCCUCUCACUCAAUCUGUUCUCCCGCACGGCUCGGCUCGGACACACGCAGCUCUCACUCCCCGACGCGCAGCGAGCACCCGCAAUGGAGACGGAAGGCAGCCAGACCAGCCUGUCCACCACGGACUCCCCCCACGACCCCUGUAAAAUGUUCAUAGGGGGUCUCAGCUGGCAAACAACACAAGAGGGUUUGAAGGAGUACUUCUGCAAGUACGGCGAGGUGAAAGAGUGUAUGGUGAUGCGAGAUCCGGUUACUAAGCGCUCGAGAGGGUUUGGAUUCGUCACCUUUGUUGAUCAGGCCGGCGUGGAUAAAGUUUUGGCCCAAACCAGGCACGAGUUGGACUCCAAAACAAUCGAUCCCAAGGUGGCGUUCCCUCGCAGAGCUCAGCCCAAAUUGGUGACUCGGACCAAGAAGAUCUUCGUGGGAGGCCUGUCAGUGAACACCACCAUCGAGGACGUCAAACAGUACUUUGACCAGUUUGGGAAGGUCGACGAUGCCAUGCUCAUGUUCGACAAGACCACCAACAGACACAGAGGGUUCGGCUUUGUGACGUUUGAGAACGAGGAUGUGGUGGAAAAAGUCUGCGAAAUCCACUUCCACGAGAUCAAUAACAAAAUGGUGGAGUGCAAGAAGGCUCAGCCCAAAGAGGUGAUGUCCCCCACGGGCUCAGCCAGGGGGCGCUCUCGUGUGAUGCCCUAUGGAAUGGAUGCCUUCAUGCUGGGCAUUGGUAUGCUAGGUUAUCCAGGCUUCCAGACAGCUACCUACACCAGCCGCAGCUAUGCUGGCAUCACUCCUGGAUACACCUACCAGUUCCCCGAGUUCCACUUAGAGAGGACUCCCCUUCUGACUUCACCCCACCCCCCUGAGCUCACAGCCAUUCCUCUGACAGCAUACGGACCAAUGGCAGCGGCAGCGGCAGCGGCAGCAGUAGUGAGAGGCUCCAACCAGUCCCGUUCAGGUGGAUUUUUAGGCACAAGCAGCCCGGGGCCGAUGGCCGACAUUUAUGGGACAGCCAGCCAGGAGUCAGCUGUCAGCAGUUACCUCAGUGCUGCAAGCCCCUCCCCAAGCACCGGAUUCAGCCACAGUUUGGGGGGCCCCCUGAUCGCCACGGCCUUCACCAACGGGUAUCACUGAGACUACUGAGAGCUGGAAGGAGUUGAAGCUGCUCUGGAGCUCAUCUGGCCUGUCUCUGUCCAGUCCACCUCUCUGGCCAGGGCAGAUGAACUUUCACCCCUCCUCCUUGGUGUCAGUCUGAACCCGACCCACCCUACUGACGCCUCACUUAACUCCCCCUCCUGGAAAAAAAAAAGAAGAGAAAGUUCACAAAAUGAGCAAAAAGGUUUAUGACUACAUGUAAUCGCAACACAUAAGAUGCUGUAUUUUGGUGUUUUUUCUUUUUCUCUGUUGUUAUGUUUCACCAUGCUGUUUUCUUUUGUGAUGCUGCAUUGUUUCUUUAUCUGUUUUGAUUGUGUUUUAUUGGUUUAUUUGACCUUUGAACCUGAUGGAAAAAAAUCUCCAGGGGGAGCCAGGUCACAGGCUGUAAUUUGUACUGAAAAACUAUAUAUUUGUCACUAGUUCAUACUGAAUUUUAACAAAUCAUUUGUGAUUAAUACUCUUUCUUGAAAUGUGUCACAAAGUGUAUGUCUUGUAGGUUUUUAACAAAAAAAUCUUACACUAAUAAUGCUCAAACGACAAAGGUCAUUAGUCACAUUUACGUAAUAGGCCCCAAUGAGCUGUACAAUUUUGUAAAAUAUUGUAAAUAUGACUGGUUUCUUGGGAGGAGGAGGGCAGCAGCUGAUGCUUGUGUGUAGGAGGUCGGAGGCAAAUAAGAUGCUUCUCUCACCAACUGUAAUGUGUUGGAGAGCUUGAUUGUUAGGCCUCAUGCUUUCACAGAGAGGAUGUUAACAACAUAUCAGUACGUUUGUCAGUGAAUAUCAGACCAGCCGCCUACUGUAUUCCUCCUCAGGCAUUUUAUACAGAAUCUCAUUGGAUUAUUUCACUGUAUUUCAAAACUGCCUCAGAAUUGAAACACCUUGAGUCGCGGGGGGGAGGGAGGCCGAGUUUGGAAGAACACUUUACUUUUGGGGAUACAUGGGUGUGAGUAAAAAAAAAAAAUCAUGCCGUUUUCUUACUUAGUCAUAUUGCUGUUUUAACUGUGAUUUUCAAUACGCGUUGAUUGAUUGUGAAGGAAAAUGAAGACGUCGCGUGCUGGAGCUGUUGUGCACAGUCAUCACUGUUGUGACCGACAUGCUCUGCAGGUUGCGUUGAUGUUUGCGUGAGCGUUUCAUGUGUUUCCAAUGUGCGAUGUGCGGUUUUUUUUUUUUGGGGGGUGGGGGGGGGGAGAACCUCAGUUUCAAAUGUGAAAUUUUAAUCUGACUUUUUUAUUAUUACAUUAACAUCUGUGUCAAAGUGAGGAUUGUUGAACCUUUUAGAAAGGUGGCUUUUCUAACAAGGAAGGGGAGGGGGGGUCUUGUAAAUGUUUGUUUAACUGUCGACCCCCCUGCAGCCCCCAAUCCAUCACUGCAUAUCCACUGGAGGUCACAGACUGUAGCAAUGUGACAGCUAUUUUUAGACCAAAACAAGUAUGUUCAGAGCUACUCGGACGUUGCACUGGCCGAUCACGAUAAAUGUGUUUUAUUUUGAAUGUUAGCUUAAGAACAAAGCACCCUUCAUCUACAAAGUACCAGGUUUUACAUUUUGAUACUUGCUCACACUGCUGUGGCCUACAAAGGUCAUACUUUGAUGCCGUUUUCACUGAAAAAUAACAAUCUUGUCAACACUGUAACAUUUUCUGAUUUUCUUUUUCCUGUCAUGUUUAUUCUUUUGAAAAAAAACUUUUUAAAAUUCCUAAUAAAUUAUUUUAAAACAUUCCA